AAAUUCUCCUCGUCUUCAGCGGAGAUUUCAACGGAGUUCAGCUGAACAGUUUGGGAUAUUUUUGGGGCCCCAAGUGAAUGAGUUGUUGAGCAAUGUCAACCCACUCCUGAAGACCUGGCCGCAGAUCCAAAAGUAACAAAGGCACGGAUCCUUUGCACCAACCGGCCCACAGUUUUGCCACCCAGAUGUACCGAAGCAGCCAUCUUGCUUUCUAGAAACCCGAACGACAUCUGAUCUUCAAACGGACGCAAGAAGGGAAUCUCGCCUGCGAUUGGAGCCUACGGGGUGUGAACACAGAGUGUGCCUUGCGAUGGGGGUGAAGAACCGUCCUCAAUGCUACUUUGACGUGGAGAUAAACAGGGUUCCAGUGGGCCGCAUUGUUUUUGAAUUGUUCUCAGAUGUCUGCCCCAAGACCUGUAAAAACUUCCUCUUUCUUUGCACAGGUGAAAAAGGAUUGGGAAAAAGAACUCGAAAGCAGCUUUGUUAUAAGGGCUCCACUUUCCAUCGCAUUGUAAAAGAAUUCAUGAUCCAAGGUGGUGACUUCAGCGAAGGUAAUGGACGAGGAGGAGAAUCUAUUUACGGCGGAUACUUUGAAGAUGAGAACUUUGUGCUCAAACACGACAGGGAGUUCCUGUUGUCAAUGGCAAACAGAGGAAAAGAUACUAACGGCUCCCAGUUUUUCAUCACUACAAAGCCAGCACCUCACCUGGACAGAGUACACGUCGUUUUCGGACAAGUGAUAACAGGCUUCGAGGUGAUCAAGGAAAUCGAAGACUUGAAGACCGAUGCUGCCAGCCGCCCCUAUGCUGACGUCAGGACCAUUGACUGUGGACAAUUUGUACCCAAAUCCGCGAGCAACGGUUGCCAUGCACCAUUUCCCAGCCAGGAGAGUGGGCAGGUGACCUUCUUCCAACCCUCUGCCAAUGACACUUUAGAUCCAGAUGAGAGGAGAUGCACAAGAACAUCCCAAGUGGCGGAGCGCAAAAAGAAGACCGCCGCCCGCUCCUCUUCGCCCGAAUCAGCCCCCACCACCUCCUCCGACUCCGACUCCGACACCUCCCCCGAGUCCUCGGACUCACAGAGCGAGACCGAAGACGAGAGAUCCCGCAGGAGAAAGCGGAAAAGGCGGGUGAAAAGCCGUCACGCCAAGAGACGGAGGGAAAGUAAAGCCAAGAGGAGAAGAGUGUCUUCCGGCAGGAAGAGCAGCACCCACAAUGGAGUGGACCAGGACCUUGAGAAGGAAAAAGAGUCACUCACGAAACGACAGAAGCUAUUAGUUCGACCCGAAGAGAUCCCCCCUGUCCCCGAGAAUAGAUUUCUUCUCCGACGUGAUCUACCCAAACCAGCUGCUGAACUGAAGGUUCAGGAAAUACCGCUUGUUCUCAAUGAGCAGAAGCCAGCGGUGUCAAAAUCCGGCCGUAAAAUUAAAGGCAGAGGCACAAUGCGAUACCGCACUCCUUCACGCACCAGAAGCCAUUCGGAGUCGGAACCAGAAGAAGAGAGUAGCGAAACACCGCCUCACUGGAAAGAGGAAAUGCAGCGCGUGAGGACGUACAGAGCUUCCAGCGUCGACAAAUGGACCAAAGGAGACAAAUUGAGAUCUUACUCCGACCGGUGGGACGAGCGAAGCCUUUCACCCUGGUCAAGAUCCUGGUCACACGACGGCUACUACUCGGAGGAUCAGAGCGCGGCCAAAUCCAGGCACCCUGGGAAGCCAAAGAAGGAGAAGAAGAAAAGCAAGACGAAGAGGAAAUCGAAGAAACAGAAACGAGCCAAGAGGCCCAAAGCCGGCAAGGAGAAGGCCAAGGUAGCCACCAUACCUGCCGAGGUGGACUCGUCCCACUCCUCCAGUUUGGUGUCGGGCCAUCGCGCCAAAAGUAAUCCAUCUUCGUCUUCCUCGAGGGAGUGGUCGGGAUCCUCCAGCCCGCGAUCCUCCUCAGCCGCCACCGUCUCCUGUUCCAGAUCCAAAUCCAAAUCCGGGUCCCGGUCCAAGGAGAGGUCGAGGUCGAGGUGUCGACCGAGGGCCAGGUCUCGCUCCAAGUCCAGGUCUCGCUCCAAGUCCAGGUCUCGGUCUCGCUCCAAGUCCAGGUCUCGCUCUCGUUCCAAGUCCAGGUCUCGCACCAGGUCUCGGUCCCGGUCCCAAUCGAGCUCCAGCUCCACCUCGUCCAGAAGCAGGUCCGCCUCCCGGUCCAGGUCCAGGUCCAGCUCCACGUCCAGGUACGGACGCAGCGCGUCGCCCGGACACGCCAGGUCGCGCCGCAGGAAUCGGGGCCGCGGGAAGCCGGAGGCGGCCUCGAAGGGGAGCGAGAAGGCGGAGGCUCGGGGAGGGGGCGGGGGAGGGGCGGUCGCGAAGGCGGCGGAAUCCGCGGGCGCGGUGCCUUUGAGCGAGAGCCCGCCCCCCUCGCGCUGGAGACCGGGGCAGAAGCCCUGGAAACCCUCCUACGUGCGGCUGCUGGAAGCCCAGGCCAAGCUGAGCGAGGCCACGCCAACAGCCAGCAGCCAGGACUCCCGAGACCACCGUCGCCACCGGCUCCGUUCCCUCUCCUCGGACCAUCGGCCCAAAGAUUCCGACGGCCGGCGCCGCUACCCCUCGGGCCGCGACACCGACCGCAGUUCCAGCUCGGACUACCGGAAGAGCUCGAGGAGCAGAGAGCUCAGCUCCCUCUCCAGGAGCCGCUCGCGCUCGGCCUCGAGGAGCAGUUCCCGGUCCCGGACGCCCGGCAAGUCCCAGUGUCGCCGGGAGAACUCCUCCUCCUCCUCCUCCAAGUCAUCCAGUCGCUCGGAGUCCGAGGAGGAGGAGGAGGAGGGGCUGGCGCACAGCGAGGACGAUCAGCCUGGCGUUCGCAGGAACAGGAGCUCGGAGCCUCGGAAACGCGUUAAAGACCCAACUCCGAUCCCUGAACCCGAACCUGAACCUGCGGCCAAGGGGGGCGACGGGAAGCAGCGAGGGAAGAAUAAGCAAACCCCGGGGGCCUCGUCGGAUUGUUCCAGCCGAGGCGACCGAGAGAGGGGGAGGGAGGCGGGAGAAUCCCAGAGGACGAGCAACAGGCCGAGCCCUCAGCCCGAUAGGCGCGAGAAGAAGGGGAAGAAGAGCGAGCGCCGAGGGGACGGAGUGUCCGACAGGGACCCCGUCGCCAGAGAGGGACCCCCGGAGGCCAAGGUCACGGCACCUCCCAGCCGGCCAGCUCCCCCGCGGCCUGACAGGCCCACCACCGCGAGGGACGAGCCGAGCGUCCCGCCCGCAGAGCUCAGCCGCGAGGGCAAAGGGGGGACGGCCUCGAAGAGGAGCCACAAGCGGAGCAGGUCACCGAGCGAGACCGAGGCCGAGAGGGGGAGGGAGAGAGAGGGCGGCAAGAGCAGCAAAGCGAAGACCGGGUCCGGCGGCGAGGAGGAGGAGGAGGAGGGAGAGGUUGCGCAGAAAGCAGUGGGAGUAGUACAGGCCGAGCGAGGGUGUCCCGCCAAGCGACCCAGGUCCCAGCCCCGGUCGCCCACCCCCAGCUCAUCCCCGGCCUCCUCCGCCUCUGACUCCGAGAGCCGGAAGUCCACGGCCCACGGCAGCUCGGAGGAGUCGGGCGUCUCCGGGAGCGAGGGGGCGAGGAAGCGGCGGAGGAGGAGGAGGAGGAGGAGGAAGAAGCUGAGACGCAAGGUCAAGAGGAAGAAGAGGUCCAAGUCACAGGGCGGCAAGGUGAGGAAGAGCAGCGAGAAGAGGAAGAAGAAGAAGAAGAAGGACAAGAAGGUGGAGAGGCUGAAGGAGAGGUUUCACUGGCAGCCGCCCCUGGAGUUCGGAGAGGAGGACGAGGAGGAGGUGAAGGUGAAGGCCGAGGGCAAGGGUAAAGGUGGAGGUGCAGCCGCGAGGAGUAAAGCCGAGAGCAUCGUGGCCAAUUCUUCGCCGGAUCACGAGCCCCCGAGCCAGGAGAACGCCCGCCCUCCCGAGACCCCCAAGGGCAGCAGCUCGGGGCUAAAGCGGGGUCCGGCGUCGCCCCGCGCGGCCCCCAGCAAACCCGAACCCCCCCAGAAAGGGGCGGACAAGAGGAAGUCCCCCCAGCAGGGCCCCAAGCUCCCGCCGAGCCUGGAGAGGAGCAGCCCCCCACCACCGCCGCCACCGCCCAGCACCCCCGCCAGCACGACCACGGCCACCACCCCCCCAGUGGCCCCCGGCCGCGGCCAGCGGGAGGCGUUCCCGGGAACGCCGGCCGGGUCUGGGGUCCAGGAGGUCAAACGCGGCAAGAACCAGCAGGAGGUGGGCCAGGCUCCCCAACCGCAGGACGUGAACGGAGCCGUGGCGGAGACCGAGCUCAAGGCCAAAGGCAAAGAGGGCCCGGAGGCAGCCGACAGCGGCAAGUGGAAGCCCCUGAAGGGUCUCCCGGCCCCGGCCCUGGCCCUGGCCGGAGCCCCAGCCGCAGCCGGUGCCGGAGCGAGAGGCAGCCCCAAAGUGGUGGCCGAGACCAAGACCGAGGCCUCCCAGGCCGAUCAGAAGCCCCCGGGGCUGAAGAUCGAGAUCAAGAGCAAGCGCCGGGUCAAGCCGGGCUCGCUGUUCGACGAGGUGCGGAGGACGGCCCGACUGAACCAGCGGCAGAGGAAUCGGGAGAGCUCCUCCAGCGAGGAGGGCUUCCCCUCCAGGGACGGCAAGCGCAGGUCCAGCAGCCGCAGCACGUCCCGCGGGCACUACCGCUCCACCUCCCGCGACGCCAGCCAUUCCCGCACACGCUCCCGGUCCUUCAGCCAAUCCAGGAGCCGCUCGCGGAGUUACAGCUCGUCGUCCAGAUCACGCAGUUACAGCAGAAGCCGCAGCAGAAGAAGGUACAGCAGGGAUCACUCGAGAAGCCACAGCAGCUCUUACAGGAGUUACAGAAGCCAUAGUAGAACUUAUAGUCGAAGCUUCACUAGAAGCCUGUCCUCCAGAAGCUACUGCUGGUCUAGGUCCGACUCCUACGAUUCCUACGACAGCAGGAGCCGGAAUCACCACAAGUCACGAAGGUCCAGAAGCAGAAGCCGGAGCUACCGAUCUUACCGUUCGUACAGCCGGAGUGAACGGAGUUAUUCCCGCCAUCGGAGCCACAGUGAGAGCAGCAGAUACAGCUGAUGAAGCAUAAGUCCCUUGAUUUUUUUUCCCCCACCCCCAUCCCACCCC